UUAGUUGCUAAGUAAAGUUGUAAAGAACCCCUGAAUACCCAAAAGAGCAGAAGGGGUGAAAUCGUUGUGUUCUGUUUUGCUUGAUGAUGUCUUGUUCACCGGAAUCUAUGGGUCAAAAACCGGCGAGGUCACCGGAGAAGUCAAGCUUCGCGCAAACUUGUAGCCUUUUGAGCCAGUACUUGAAGGAAAAGGGUAGCUUUGGAGAUCUAACUCUGGGAAUGACAUGCAACGUUGAAGUUAAUGGGACCCCAGAGAUGCUGCGUCCUUGUCCUACCAUGAAUUUGUUUCCAGUCAAUGAGAAAUCCAGUAAUGAUUGUGGCCGCAACGUUGUGCCGGCGACUCGGAAACCGAGAUCGAUUGAUUUGUUCCCUAAUCAAGCUGGUUUUCCAUCACCGGACGAUGGCCCGAAAAGGGUUGAUUCUAGUGUUGCCUCCAUGAACAAUCCGGCUGUGACGGAGCCUCAAACUGCACAGAUGACUAUCUUUUAUGGUGGACAAGUGAUUGUCUUCAACGAUUUCCCGGCCGAUAAAGCUAAGGAAAUCAUGCUUUUAGCUGGCAAGGGGAGCUGCCAAAGCAAUAGCGUCAACCCCAACCCUGCACAUAUGAUCUCUAAUUUCACCAACACCAUAACACAAGAUUGCGCACGAUCGGCUCAGCGACCGAUUCCCGGCGGCGAUUUACCAAUUGCAAGGAGAGCUUCACUCCACCGGUUCCUGGAGAAGAGAAAGGAUAGGAUCACUACGAGAGCAUUACCAUACCAGAUAGGUAACUCGGCAGCAUCGCCUUCCAAGAUCGUCCACAACAAACCAUGGCUCCGUUUAUCUGCUCAAUCUCCGCAAUAGUUUGAGUCGAGUCAA